UUCAGGGCUUCCAUCGUUCGUUCAAGGUGGAAGGACGGAGACUUAUCAGAGCAUUGAUUGCGGUCCUCAUGGGAGCCAAACUCCUCAACGGGCAAGGACGGGGACUGGUGGACUGCUGUCCCCAUUCUGCAGGUGAACAAACCAAGGGGCAGAAUCCUUUCGAGCUGGCCUUCUCCCUAGAACAGGCCCACCCCGGGGAGACUGACUUCAGCCUGGAGUGCCCAGCCCGCCCUGAUAUGCCCACGAGCCAGCCCAUUGACAUCCCAGACGCCAAGAAGAGGGGCAAGAAGAAAAAGCGGUGUCGGGCAACUGACAGCUUCUCAGGCAGGUUCGAAGAUGUCUACCAGCUACAGGAGGAUGUGCUUGGGGAGGGCGCCCAUGCCCGUGUGCAGACCUGCAUCAAUCUCAUCACCAACCAGGAGUAUGCGGUCAAGAUCAUCGAGAAGCAGCCGGGCCACAUUCGGAGUAGGGUUUUCCGGGAGGUGGAGAUGCUGUAUCAGUGCCAGGGACACAGGAAUGUUCUAGAGCUGAUUGAAUUCUUCGAGGAGGAAGACCGAUUCUACCUGGUGUUUGAGAAGAUGCGGGGCGGCUCCAUCCUAAGCCACAUUCACAAGCGACGACACUUCAAUGAGUUGGAGGCCAGUGUGGUGGUGCAGGACGUGGCCAGCGCCCUGGAUUUCCUGCACAACAAAGGCAUUGCCCACAGGGACCUAAAGUUGGAAAACAUCCUCUGUGAGCACCCCAACCAGGUCUCCCCCGUUAAGAUCUGCGACUUUGACCUGGGCAGUGGCAUCAAACUCAAUGGGGACUGCUCCCCCAUCUCCACCCCGGAGCUGCUAACCCCAUGCGGCUCUGCAGAGUAUAUGGCCCCUGAGGUGGUGGAGGCCUUCAGCGAGGAGGCCAGCAUCUAUGACAAGCGCUGCGACCUCUGGAGCCUGGGCGUCAUCCUCUACAUCCUGCUCAGUGGCUACCCACCCUUUGUGGGCCACUGCGGCAGCGACUGCGGCUGGGACCGCGGUGAGGCCUGCCCGGCCUGCCAGGUCUCCUGUCUUUCAGCAUAG